AUGUCUCCCCUAUACAUGCUACUGGCGUUCCUUGGCAUGGUGGUUCUCACCAUUCCAGCUCUUGGAACCGACUUCCCGCCAUAUUAUACGAAGCCACCUCCCAAGUAUUACAAGCCGCCAAAGUACAAGCCGCCAUAUUACAAGCCUCCAUAUUACAAGCCUCCAUAUAAGAAGCCACCUCCCAAGUAUUCCAAGCCGCCUGUUCCCAUUUACAAACCCAAACCACCAACAUACAAGCGCCCGCCAACUCUACCUCCGAUAGUGGGGAAACCAAAACCGUACAAGCCAUACCCACCUUACGGACACUACCCGGGGCACCCUCCGGUGGAAGUUCCGUAG